GAAAAAAGGUGACCACAUCAGAGGGGAAUGGCACUAGAUGCUUGGACUAUCACACUCUGUCCGACCGCGUCAUCUGGAGAUGGUGAGUGCAGGCCUGAACGCACCCAGUGGAGUGAGCCAGGGUUGAUAGACUACAGCUGGACUUUUGAUGCUCCCUGUGACUUGUUCCAUCCUCCCAUCUUCUGCGGAUGUUUUUUCACUGACUAUCCGGAGACUGUCGCCCCUCCACUUCAGGAGAGCUCUCAGAUUGUCAUUGCAACUGUCUGCUGAAUGUCGUGAAGCUGUGAUCCAAGUAGAUGACAUCAGAGUGGUGCCUGGUGUUCUAGAGAGCUAUGUGUCGACGGAGGUCGAAGGUCACAAUGUCUCCGUCUCUGUUGGUUCCAUUCCAUCAGACGUGUCAGUCCAGACUGGACUAUUGCAAGAUCUCAUCUCUGUGGUUGGUUCAGAAUAUGCCAGUCCACAGUCAACAACAUUAGUGGGCAGUGCUGAAUAGAGUCACAAUAGAGGAGGGCACGCGGCAGGACAACUGUAGUGAUGUCGUCAGCCUGCCAGUUUGAGGGGGGUGGGCUUGUAGGUGAGUCUCGGGGAACAUUGCCACCUUUACUGACACCCUGGCUAUGGUUUUGAAUGUGUAUACCAGUCUUCUUAAUAAGUCUGAAUCUAUUCCUUGGCAGUCGUAUAUAGCAUUUGAGCAAUGAAGUUAAAAAUUUGAAUGUAGGUCAGGUACAUCCUGUGCUUCUACCUGUGUUUAUCUG